GGCCAAUUGCAUUGAUCAGAAUGCAGAUUACAUUAGUUUCGCUUGUCCGGAGUUGGCCGAAGAACUGUGCAAUUGUAAUUUGUUGACAAAAGUUGAUUUAGGGGAAAACGGAUCGUGUAAAGUAUGAUUCCUGGGACACACCACAUGCACAUUUGGUCCUCAACUGGCUUUCCUUAGUGACUAUCUUACUCUUAGUCUUAGCUGAGUUUAGACCAUACUUCAUACUUCAGCUCAGUUUCAAGGCAAGUUCCAAAAACCAGUGACAAACUGCAAUGCAAGGGAUCGGCAAUGUUUGUACGCAUAGCUGGUUUGAUCUUUUUGUAGAAAAUUAAUGAACUUGAAUGAACAAAUGAAGGAAGGAAGAAGCGAAUGAAUGGGUACCGAAUUCUGCAGAAUGGUUCGUCUGGCUUGAUGCGAACUCCACAACACCACUGAACUUCUGAUCAUUUAGUUAGGGCUUUAUCCUUUCUCUGACUGCUUCAUGUGAUACUGAUAAAGCAUCUUGAGCGAAUAGUUCUUGUUGUUUUUCAUACUAAAGUGGAUUGCGAGGAAACCCUGCAGAGUUAAAGAACUAUUAUAAGAUACUGUAGUGAACUACAUUUCCAGCCAGGAUAUCACAUUGAUGUCCAAGAUCUCCAUAUUCUAGAGCAAAUCUAUCUUUUGAAUGUAUGAAUAUCUUAGUUACUGACUGCCAGCUCCAAGAGGAAGUCUUACAAAUUUGAAAUACUAAGGGUUUGUGAUUAGCAUUCAUCGUACCCAUUGAAGUUUUGAUAUCUCCAACAAACAAUAAUGCUGCUGACAUACCAAGGUCUUCUGGUUGUAUUUUGUCUAAUUCUUCUUCAAUGUCUUACUAAUGGAAACACAGAGGGUGGCCACCUUCCUGGACACCUGGAAGUUCUUGGGAAACAUCGACCCCCAGAGGGCCACAUUGAAAUCCUGCACGAACUUCCAUCCCCCAGGGAAUUCUGGGAGAAAUAUGCUCGGGAUGGUGUUCCUGUCUUGUUCCGUGGGAUGGCCAACAACUCGCUUGGAGUCCAUCGAUGGACCGAUGAUUAUCUCAAGGAACACUACAGUGACCUUCGGGUGAAGAUUGAAGCGAAAGCGGAGAAGGAAUAUUACCCUGAGGGAGAUAAAGGUAUGGGCCAGGACACCAUGGGGUACUUCCUCAAGACAUACCAGUCACGCAAUGCCUACAUUGUCUCACAACUUCCAGAUCCCAUGUCGAAGGAAGUAUCUGUUCCCCCUUUCAUGACCUGCGGUACCUUCAGUCAACGUCUUCUAGAGGCAAAUCUCUGGUUCAGUAAUGGCGGCACCAAGAGCCUUCUUCAUCGGGAUGCUGACAACGCAAUAAACUGUCUUUACUUCGGAACCAAAGAUUGGAUCUUCAUUGAUUCAAAGUAUGAGGAUAUGAUUCCAAUAGCUGAUGAAGGCACAGAAGCCUAUGGUGGUUUUGCUUUACUAAACCCUGAUAGUGUCGACCUAGAGUUGUUCCCAAAGUUCGCCGAUGUUCCUUGGACCUACGGGAAUGUGACUGCUGGAGAUUGCAUUUUUCUACCUCGGGGUUACUGGCAUCAGGUCCGCUCCUACGGCUCUCGGAAUCUUGCCGUUUCUCUCCUCUUCUCUCGCAUUACGGAAAAUGAUCUAUCGGACUGUGAGGAUGCCAAAUUGUCUUACACCCCGCUGAGUGAGAUGGAGAUGGUCUUUACCUACGAUGGCUAUACAGAACAAACCAUGGGCGAUACUGAUCCAUUUGAACUUAAUGAGACAAUCCAAGAAUGGUGCCAACGCAAUGGUCUAUCGAUGAAUUCACAAGAUAUCUUCCGCUUUCUGAGACGUGACUAUCAUGAUAAUGAUGAGGCUGAUGAGAGGCAACUGCGGGAUGCUGCUUUUCUCCUGGAGAUAUCUGAUCAGGUAGUGCAGGUGCUAGAUGUGGAUAAAGACAACAUAAUUUCCUGUAAGGAUGAGGCCCAAGGCCUCAAAUUGGCAACUUUGAAGAAACUAGCGAACAUUAUUGACAGAGAUCCUGCCAACACAGAGGAGUUUGAAUAUGCCAAGUUCGAACCUGAUCAAAUAAGAGGUUUCAUGUCUGAACUGAUUGUAAGCCAUGAGACGAGAGAACAAACCAUCAUCACUCGGGAGAACUUUGUGAAAGCCUAUCGGACAUUCGGGGGAUCACUCAAGAUCGGAAAUGAGGUCUUCGAUGUACUGAGUCCAGAAGACGAGGAUUCCAUUUCUACCUCACAUUUGAAGGAACAGGUGGAAAAUAUUGCCGCCCUCUUUGAACCCAAGAUGAAACGUGAGGAUGCAGAUCCACUUGCACACUGGAUGGGUGAUGAUCCUAAUCCCAAAGAUAAUCUUAAUCCCAAAGGUAAUCUUAAUCCCGAAGACCAUCGUGAUCUUCAUGGUGACAGUCAUGGAGAACUCUAGAUGCCAUUUACCCCCCCCCCCACCUUCCCCCCGCCUAAAUAAAAAAGAGAAAUAUUCAUUGCCUUGAAAUGAAAUGAAAUAGUCGUUGACUUGAGACGUUGCCUAUCGUUUGAAAGUUUUCAGUUGAUUCAAAUUUAUCCCAGCUGUGGAAAGCUGAUCACACCGUCAACAAGUAGGAGUUCUCACUGUCUGUACUUGGAUCUGUUUAUUAAUUGUUCAAACAAUAAUAGCAGGGCCCGCUGAGAGAACAGUUUUCGGAACUGAAGUAGCUACCCUGGGUAGAUAUACCGUUAUUAUCAUUAUGAUUAUCAUAAACGGAUGAUGCAUUCAUUAUGCAUCCCCGGUAGUGUCAUGGUGUAGCGGUUUUAUCUCUUGCCUUUUUGUAAGCAGAGGGUCGUGAGUUUGAAUCCCACUAUGGCCUAGCGUAGGGUGGUUUUUGCUGGGUAUCAAUCCACGCAUUGCUACUCUCCUCCCAGGUGUUACCUGGUAGAAACUCGUUUUUGAAUGCUCCCCAGGGAGUGGAGAAAGUUCAUGCAUUGUGUAUGGACGUACCAGGUUAAUAAUACAGUACAUUGUUCCGAUGUAUUGCCAUAAUACUUUACAGCAUCUCAGUUCAGUUGCAUGAACAUGGUGAAACAGUCUGUAUUUUGCUAAAAUCAUUGUUAUGGAGCUAGGUCAUGCUUAUCAACUUUUAAUAUUGUUGCUUUAACCAAACUUUAAUUUGAUAUCUGUUGUGUGUACAAAUUUAAUAGACAUAAUAGAUAUGUCAACAAAACAGAACUUAUUGUUCUUAGAUUAUGUUUCUAAUAUAAAUGUAUGAUAGCUCCAAGGGGGCCAAUGGCUUUAUAGAAAAAAUGAUCUUUUAAUAAGUUAUAAUGAUAGAUGAACUGUGUACAUCGGGAUUGGGUUUGGUUGUAUUAUAGAUGUCAUCAUGAUAUUCAAAAUAUGAAUAUUACAAGUGAAAAUGAUAGCAUUUGUUUUAAUUGAUUUUUUAUAAAGAUGUUCUGAAUAAGAUCACUCUAUUAACAAGCCAUGUUUUACUUCAAAUAAUUAGUUAUCUGCUACAACAGUUAUUUAGGGUACCCUAUGUUUCAAACACCUUUUUUUUUGCAAAUAUGAUACUCGUUUUUUUUUCUUUUCAAUGUGAAUAUUUGUUUUGCAAGCCGUAAAUAGUGUUUUUUAUACAAUUUAUGGUAUGGGCAAUGCAUGAUUUUCCAUUUUGUGACGUCAUAUUUCAUGAUUCAUGGCGUUUUUGCCCAAAUUUGUGACAUUAGUUGAAACUAUUAGACCUAUCUUUUCAGAUUAUUAUUAUGAUGGAUAUACUUUGACAUACAGUAUGUACAUGUACAUGUAGGCAUAUUAAAUAUGUCAUUAAAACGGAUGUAAACACUUCUUUAUGUUGUUAUAUUAUAUGUUUCUAUACAACUUUUAUGUAUGAAAUGCAUGUUGUAUAUAGGUUAUGAAUAGAUGAAACUCAAAAGGGUACAAUGAUUUCAAAAGUUUUCCUAUAAGUAUGGAUGGUUGUAGGGGGAAUGGUCUUAGUUAUAUUAUACAUAUCAAAAUAAUAUCAAAAUAUAAAUAUUACAAGUGAAAAUUGUAAUAUAUAUUGACUUUGAAUUUUUUUUUUAUAAAGAUUUUCUGAGAAAGAUCACUCGAUUAAGCUCUGUUUUACUCAAUUAAUAAUUAUCUACUACAGUGUAUUCAGUGAAUCUGCGCUUCAGACAUGUAUUGAUUAUUUUUAUGAUUUGUUCAUUCUACUUAUCGAUAUACGAUUCACGUUGUUUAAGGGGAAGUACACCCUAACAUGAAGUUAAUUUUAAUAAAAGGAGAAAAAUCUACAAAGCAUAACUGAAAAUUUUAUCAAAAUCGAAAAAUGUAAUAAAAAACUGUCACUUAUUUUUCAUAAAACAGAUAUUUGCACAACUCAGUGAUAUGGAAAUGAGAGUCAAUGACAUCACUCGAUCACUUUUUUUCUUUUGUUUGAAAUAUGAAAUAAUUUGAUUUUCUCCUGAUAGUCAAGUGAAACAAGGUUUUAUUCCUCCCUGAACAUGAGCAAUAUCCAUUGUUGAAACAUUUUGUGGUUCGAUGAAGAAGUAAAAUGUAACUGUAAAAAUUGAGUAUAAUAUUUACACGACUAUGACUAUAUUAUUGUUUAUAUUACUGAUUAUCUUGUAUAUUGACACACAUUUGAUAUUAUGUAUUGUAUUAUUUUGAAUGCAGUUAUAAAAGCAAGGCAAGC